UAAAUUGUACUCUAAUCUUUUUUCUUGUUGAUUAGAGUCACUAAAUGUGAAUUAUUAGAAAUGGAAACUGAUUAUCACAAGUGACUCAAAACCAGAAACAUAAUGCAACACCCUUUUUUCACCAAUGUAUCAGUGCAGCUUAGGGAACCUACUUCUCAGCAUUUCUGCUUUAAAACAACUUCAUCUACAAGUUGUCAGGGAUGUAGGCAGCUGUUUUAACUUCCCUUUAUGUGACUGAACUUUGAACAGUUUUUUAUAAGAUGAACUGGUGUUACACAGCUUAUGAUGAAUGAAAGCUUAUGAUGGACUUACAAAAUGUGUUUAUUCCUCUACUGCUGUCUUACACCUCUGUGUUUACAGUACUGCACGGACAGAAAGUUGUCACUGAUCCUAAAGUUUCUGGGUACCGGGGUCAUGAUGUCACACUGUUGUGUCAAUAUAUCGACGGAAACUCAGAAGACAAAAUACAACAAGUGCAGUGGACGUGGCAGAAUGAGUCCAGUAAAUAUCAAAUCAUGGUCUUUCACGUGGAGCAUGGCAUUUCUAUGAGUGAGACGCCCCUGAAAGACAGAGUCAGCUUCAGUAAGAGCUCUCCUCCGAUCGAUGAGGCCUCCAUCAUCAUCAAAGAUGUGAAGAAGAGUGAUCAGGGAGUUUACAGCUGUGACUUCACAACCUUCCCUAGCGGCAGUCAGACAGGACAAACCACUCUUACAGUGUCAGACGGCCGUCCUCCUGUUCUGUCCACCGCUGAGGCUGUAGGGAUUGUGACUGCUGUAGUGAUCAUCACUCUGAUUAUAGCUGUUGUGGGGUAUUUAUUCCUGCGACACAGACGACGAGCUGGCAGCACUUUCAGUUAUUACACAACUCAGAGCCCCAGUGACCUACAACAGGAUGUCACAUAUUCUGAUGCCACAAUACUGAAACCAGGCAAAGCUAACAGAAGCACCUCAUCAUCAGGGGACAUUGAAUACGCUGCGGUUUCCUUCAGUGGUCGAUCAGAAUCAUCAUCACUGCGAGCCUCAGCCAAUCAGAUGGCUUUGGGUUUCCACACAGCAGAGCAGGAAACUGUGUACGCAGAGGCCUAUGGAGAUCCCUGGGCAUCCCCUAUUUCCUCUCAUCCUAUGUGGGAUUGGAUCGCAACACCCUCUGGUCAGCCAUCUGUUUCUUUAAUAUAUAGUAAACUUAAUGAUCACACUGCAAAGUCUCUUUCUAUUAAAUCCAUCUGGAAUCGUGAAUUAACAGAUUUUGAUUUAUCGGUCGACUGGGAGAGGGUGUGGUCUAAUUUAAUCUUAACUUCUAAAAUGUUGGUUCAUCGUUUUAUCCAUUUCAAAAUCAUCCAUUGAGCAUGCAUAACUCCUUACAAGAGGUUUAAAAUUAAACUGCAAUCGACCUAUAACUGUCAUAUCUGUAACACUGUAGCAGGUACUUUUCUCCACGUUUUGGGAAUGUUUAAUUGUUGUCGGUCUGUGGACUCAUGUGCAUUGUGUUUUGUCCUUUUUGCUGCAAAUUGAAAUUGUUAUGGUGUGUCUGUUGGUUCCCCCCUCCCCUGUUGUUUGUUUGU